AUGAUUUCACCCAAGAGUUCACCCAAGAGGUCUUUGAGAAGUCUCCAUCUACUUAAAACAGUGAAGAUUCACAACACGGGGGGUCAACUAUGUCAGCAACCAGCAGAGCCAAAAACAUUUGCCAGGAAUUUUGCCACCGGAUACCUCAUUGGAGAAAUUCUGCAUAAAUAUCACCUCCAAAAUGACUUGAAUCUAUUUCACAAAGAUGACCGCAAGUCUUCAAAGGCAAACAACUUCAGCCUCCUCAAGCCAACCUUACAGAUGAUUGGGGUGACACUGGAUGAUACCACUGCCAGGGAGUUGAUGGAGGGGAAGCAGGAUGUUACCUUGAAUUUCAUCUAUGAGCUUUACGAUGCACUGGAGAAGAAAAAGAAAGGUCUCAUUGGAGGUUCAGUAACAGACAUGUAUCCAAAUUCUAUAUCUGAACGUUUACGCAGGAAAGAACAAAUUCUGUAUUCGAAGAAGCUGCACAGAGGAUUUGACAACAGUCCUGAUCCAAUACCUCAACUUAUUCAGGACAAACAUCAACUAAAUAUAAAACCCAUCCCAGGCAUUGCUAACAUGAAACGAAGCAUACAUGCAGCAAAUACUCUUCAAGCAGCCAAGGCUCAAGAAAAGCAACAAGAGAAACAAAGACGAAGAGAAAAACAGGCACUGAUUCUCCAAAAUUAUAGAGAUAAGUUUGAAGAAAACACCAAGAUAUUAACGUCUUCUUACCCAAGUGACAUUCUCUUAAAGGAAACAGGGAGUGAAGCUGAUUAUAUAAAGGACAUUGAGGCAAAGCAGCACUUCAACUCUGAAUACAUUGGGCAAAUUCGACGAAGAUUAAGAGAGGACACAUUCACUCAAAAACAGCGGGGGCACAGAGCUUCUCAGUUUCUUCUGGAGCUGUCAAAAGCCCGAAAAGAUCAGCAGGACGCACAGAUUGAGGAGUCUCUGGUGAGCCGUUUCACCCGACAGAUGAAAACAGAAAAACUCUUGGUGAUGCAACUCCUCCAGAAUCGCUCUCAGAAGGAAGAGCAAGUGAAAAAUAAUUUAGUUCGACAGCAGCAGUUUCAACAGCAGAGAGAGAAAGACUUUCGAGAGGCACUGGAAAGAGAAGCGGCCCGAGUCCAUGAGGAAAAACUAACCAAUGCGGGAAAAAAACAGAUGGAGUUGGAUUUACAUAAUAAACUUAUUUCUGCACAAAAACAGAAGAAAUACAUGAAACACUUUAAUGUCUGCAAAGAUAUAAUGUUGCAGAUAGUGGAUUUGGCCUCCAAGGCUGGGGAUUACCGGCAAGAUACUGGCAGGCUCAUUCCAGAGAAACAGAUGAAAAAGUGGAAGGAGUUCUUGUUUUGUGGCCUUCCUCUUUAUGAGUCUGUUCAUAUGCAGCUAGAUCCAGAGCAGCUUCUGUUGCAGGACCUACAGAGCAACUUGGACUACGAGGAUUAUGAGAAUAUGGCUGGCGAAUGGUCAUGGCCAGAAGAAGCACAACAAAUGGAGAUGCUAGCAGCCAACACCAACAUUCUUUCUCAUGUCAUUUCGCUUUUGAGGACCAUUAUGCAGCCACGUCCUGCUUUUCCUCACUUUGUCCUGAAGGCAUGUGUCCUGGGAAAGCCCUGCUCGGGAAAGACCACCUGUUUAGAUAAGAUUGCACAAGAACAUGGUUUCUACGUUUUAUCUCCUGACAAACUGAUCGAGGAUGUGCUCAACGCAUAUCACAGCAAAGAGAAUUAUGAUCAACUGUCAGAUCCUCCCACAACAGAUGAUCAACAUUGUACCGAGCAAGUUACAGACACAAAGUUCACCAAAUUGACCUUGCUUGGCGAAGCUGCAAACAUAUUGAUAAAGGAGGAGAAAACGAUUUCCAAUGAACCUAUGGUGGAAAUUAUAACAGAGGCAAUCAGACAACUUCCGGCUAACUCUUGCUGGAUCCUGGAUGGAUUUCCAGUGGACCUCUCCCAGGCACAAUGUCUCGAGAAAGCCCUGGGAGGAUUUGUCGAAGAAGUGGAGCAAGUUAGUGACAAUGACGCCCAAUCCCCUCGUGCUUUGGCUCCAGCUCUGGACUUGGCUUUAAUUCUAGACGUUUCAGACGAAUGUGUUGUGUCACGAGCAGCAAAACAAACUGAUGGAAAUAUGUCCGCUGAGAUUUCAAGCAGAAUCACAGCAUUCAAUGAGACAUGGCCACAUCUGGAAGGAUGGUUUGGUGGAAAACAGAACAUUUUGGUCCAUUUGAAUGGAGAAGUUUAUGAAGAAGAGCUUUUCAAAGAAGUACAGUUCAUCAUGCAACAACAUAAGCGACAAGCAGAAGCGUCUUCUGAAUCAUCCUUUAUCCAUGACCUCUUCCCGUCUUUUGGCAAUGAACCGCUUCCAGCUGGCCUGGCAGCCUCUCUCUGUCUCCACUGGGAUGCAGUUUGUGAAUUAUAUGUGGAUAAAGUGAAGGCAGCACUUCAAGAGCUAAGGUUACAAAGUGCUUCUAUUGAACAACACUUGUUAAAUCUGAGAGAUGAUUUCAAAUCAUAUGUGAAUCGUACAGACCCCAAAAAAGAUAUGAUUUCAACAUGGCAGAAUAACUACAACAAAAUAUGUUCUAUGGGGCAAGACAAAUCCAAACUUGAGCAGAGACUUGAUAGCUUGCUGGAAGAUUUAUGGCUCAUCAGUGACAAACGCAGAGAGGAAAAUGAGCAGAAGCUGGCACGUGUAAUGCGAGAUGAAAUGUGGCUGGUGCAGGCCACAAAUGCCCUGCUGCAACACCACUCAACACUCAUGCAGGUUGAAGUCGAUCGAUUUCAGGAGACCCUGGAAUUUCUGUGGUUGUGCGAACAGACCUCGCCCGACAAUGAUCUUAAUGAAAGCAUAAUAUCUAACAUAGAAGUAUGUAAAGGUACUCAGCCAGUAAAGAUGUCAUUGCAUGGAAAUAUAAUCUGUGAUGCUCAAGAGGCACACACAGCCAUCAGCAGUUUGGUACUUAGUAUAUCCCAACAGUUUACUGUAAGAGAAGAGAUCAAUCCAUGUAGUCAUAACAUUGACCCAAACCAUGAUCCAGACGUAUCUGAAACCAUGAGCAAUGGAUAUUUAACUGCACUACACCAAGAAGAAAGUGCAACUAAGGCACGCAUAGCUCACAUAAAAGCUCAUGGUUUGAAAAUGGUGGAUUAUCUCCAGAUCAAAUCAGAUCAAAUGAACAACAUCAUGGAGGAGUUGAUGAAUGAGCAGUUUAUGGCAGAAAUGAACAGUAUUGAACAAGUGGCAGAAGUAGCGCGGCAUCAUAUGGAGUCCGAUCUGCUCCAGGAUGGCCUUGACCUGGUCUCUAUUUAUUCUCCUCACUCUAUGAACGACACAUCUGCACUUGCACCUGUUUUGCCCUAA